AUGGAGUGCGGCAACUACCGGGGCAUCUCUCUCGUCGCCCACGCCGGCAAGGUGCUGCUUAAGGUCGUCGCUACACGACUGAGCCACUACUGCGAGCGAGAGGGCAUCCUCCCGGAGGAGCAGAGCGGUUUCCGCCCACACCGGUCGACGCUCGACAUGCUGUUCGCCAUCCAGCGGCUCCAUGAACUCGCGAGGAAGAAGAGUACUGCGGUGUUCGCGUGCUUCGUCGACCUCACCAAGGCAUACGAUUCGGUGGACCGAGACCUACUGUGGGACGUGCUCCGACGCUUCGGCGUGCCCCCGAAGAUGCUNUUUUUUGCCUCGAUGCUCAUGGUCGCCGUGGCCGGGUUCGACAAGUACCCCAAGGUGACGGCGGACAUGGUCAAGAUCGGGACACAAGUGGAGUACACGGGCAAGAAGGGCAGGUCGGCGGGGAAGAAGACGACGGUGGUGACGGACGCGGAGGCCUUGUGGGCCAUGCUCUACGCUGACGACGCGGCCAUCGUCUCGCGCUCGCCGGAGAGUCUCGAGAAGAUGAUGUCGGUCAUCGUGCGCGUGGCCGGCCUGUUCGGACUGAUGGUAUCGGAGCCAAAGACGGAGAUCAUGUGCAUGCUGCCGAAAGGGAUCGAGGAACGCCCGUUCACGGUCAGCGCCGCUGGCCAGACGUACAAGCAGACAGAUCGGUUUGUGUACCUCGGACGUACCAUCUCCGCGGACGGGAAGGCCGACCGGGAGAUCACGAGCCGCAGCUGCCGAGCGUGGAAGUGCCACCGCCGGAACAGUGCUUCGAUGUACGACAGGCGACGGGUCGACCGCCAGAUCAAGAUCCGGCUUCUCAAGGCUGAAGUGGUGGAGACUCUCCCAUGUGGAUGCGCCUCGUGGAGCCUAACAGCGGAGCACUACACGAAGCUCAAUGGGACCCACCGCCAGUUCCUUACACGGUGCAUCGGCUGGAGCAAGCGGAAACGCUCAGACCGCCCCCUGUCCUAUGCCCAGGCCCUCAUCCAGGCAGGCUGCGAGGAAACCAUCGAGGCCACCGUGCGCAAACGGAGACUGUGUUUCGCGGGCUUCGUUAUGCGCAUGGAGGACAACCGCCUCCCCAAGCGCAUGCUGUUAGGAGCGAUGACGGGGGAGUGGGUGUACUCAUAG